UCUCAACACACAACAAAUCAGCGAUAGAGGAAAAUCAAUAUCAUAGACAUCACAAUGUUGUUCCACCCUGUUACGCUGCCACCUUUAUGUAAUCGGCUAAUCUCUGGAAAGUAUUGUGCUGUUUCUCAAUCCCUAAUCUCCUUCAGGUCCAGAUUGAAUUUACAAAGUCACACUGUCUGAAACGUGCCUUUGAAUAUGGAAGGAAAAAAGGAAAAGAUUGACUAAAAGAUGAUAACGUUUUCUAUUGUCAAUGUAUUAGUAGCAAAGCAUAACAUAAUUAUAAAUAUAUUUAUAUAUUUGCUAAUUUAGAAUAUUUUUAGUAUUACUCUGGUAUAUAUUUCUAUGUAUGUAUGUUUCAAUACUCCUGUUUGUACUGCACAUGUGCAGGUAGGAUUAUAACAGGUGCCUGUGGGGUGAUAUUGUAAACAGCUGACGAUGAUGUCAGAGGCUUAGUGAUGAAGAGGCUUAUCACGUACAUCAUCUUUGUGUUAGUCAUUUACUCCAAACGCCCAUCAAUGCUUCAGAGGGCUGUGAAGAAGGAGAAUACCUGACAACGUUUAUUUGUUGGAGAAUAUGAACUCUCUGGAGGAUGUCCCAUUUCUGAGCAUACUGGGUCCACUGGAGGAGGAAGUGCAGCUUGUGACGGCUCCAGACAUCACUAUACCAGACUGCCAUCGGAUCCUACGAGACACCGAGUAUGGCUUCAACCUGGAGAAAUGGAUCUUAACUGGUCAACAGCCUGUCUGUCAGGCCCCAUCCUGCCCUCCCUACUGGCUGAUGUUCAGCAGCCCUCAGGAGAGCCGCAAGGCCAGUCGCAGGAGCGGCGACCCAAGGUCCCCGGGCCCCCGGCCCCGCAGUCACAGCCUGAACUCUGCAGACACUCGCUGGCUGCACUAUCGCACCGUCAGGUUCUUCAUAUCUGACUCUGAGGAUGAAGAUGGUUACCAAGAGGAUAAUGAAGCCUCCUCUGCAGAAGAUGCACCUCGCUCCAUCAAGAGCAGAGAGCGGCCCCGGAGCGCGGCACCCAAAGACCAACUCUCCAGAGUCAAAGACAUGCACCUUGGUCCUUCCACUCACCACUAUAAGCCUGCCUCACCUCAGAGCCUCAGAGGCUCUUUACUGUCUCUGCAAGACUGCAGACAACCUCUGCGAGCAGUGGAGCAGCACAGGUCCCAGCAGGCCAGCCCCCUCCCCCAUGGGCAGAAGAACAGCAAAAAGAAGCAGCGUUCACAGGGCUCUGUGGGCAGAAAGUACUCCCUGAACACACCACCCUCUCCACCCAGGCUGCAGCAGCAACGACCCUCCUCUGCAGGGCCCGUCGUCACGAACUACAGACAGAAGGCACUGAGGACCGGUGACUCUCGUGGGGUUUUCUUUGACUCAGCAGCAGAGUUGUUGUCAGCACUCAGCCAGGAAGAGAGGGAGCUACUUGAAACCAUCACAGAGAAGGGCUACCCUUUACGCACAGCUAUUCUGGCUCUGCAAAAGACAGGCUACCACAGCCCAGAGAAGAUCCUAAAGUACCUGGUAGCCAGUGAUCGUCUGUGUGAGUUGGGUUAUGAUGAAGCUCAGGUGGAGGAGGCCUUGGAGAUGUUUCAGAACUGCGAAAGCAAGGCUGCUGAGUUCCUGCGCCUUCUGACUCAGUUUAAUGAGAUGGGCUUCCAGCAAAAUGCAAUCAAAGAAGUGCUGCUUGUUCAUGAAAAUCACCGCGAGAGGGCUCUUGAAGAACUCAUGACACGCAUGGCUUAAACAGAAUAUCUUCCCAUUUCUAGUCUGUGUGGAGAAUAGAUUAUUUUCUACAAUACAGCGUGUGAAAUGUACUAGUAUGUAUACAGUAUGUGGUCAAAGCAUUAUACUUAACAGAUACUGCCUUCUGACUUACUUACUGACUAACUCGAGAUUAACAUACAACCUGUGCAACUCAACUAUACGGGCUAGAAUGAUAACACUAGCUUACAAUUACAAAUGAUUAAAAAUAUCUUAAAGUGUUUAAGGUG